CCUCUUGAGGCAAAGAACUCCCCCUGUUGGACUUCUUAGUUCUUUUUUGCUUGUGUCAGGGCGUGGGGUUGGAGAAGUGGACAGUUUAAUUUUUUUUCUUCCAAACUAAGUAGAUAUCAAACAACGGAGGUAGCCGAACACGUGAGAACGUAGUGACUCCGCCACUGACUGCACAGGCUGCUUCGAGCUCCCCGAUGGCCAUGGCUGUGGAUUUUAAAACGUAUGUAGAUCAGGCAUGUAGAGCUGCUGAGGAAUUUGUCAAUAUUUACUAUGAUACAAUGGACAAAAGAAGACGGGCACUGCCCAGGCUCUAUCUGGACAAGGCCACUUUGAUAUGGAAUGGAAAUGUUGUUACAGGGUUGGACGCCCUGGCUAAUUUUUUUGAUGUGUUGCCUUCUAGUGAAUUCCAGGUCAAUAUGUUAGAUUGCCAACCAGUUCAUGAGCAAGCUACUCAGGCCCAGACUACAGUUCUUGUUGUGACCAGUGGAACUGUGAAGUUUGAUGGAAACAAACAACACUUCUUCAAUCAGAACUUCCUGCUGACUGCUCAGUCCACUCCGAACAACACUGUGUGGAAGAUUGCAAGUGAUUGCUUCCGUUUUCAAGAUUGGGCUAGUAGCUAAAGGGGGAAAAAAGUCCAUCUCCUGUGGUCCAUUAGUUCCAGCAACACAAAUUUAUGUGAAUUAAUUCAUUUCAUUGUGGAAGCACUAUAAACUAGUUUGUGCUGAAACUAAAUCUCUUUAAUGUUUUUUAUUCCUAGCAGCAGCGUUUCUAGCAGCUGCCCGUUUGGCUCAUUGCCCUUAAGAGGUUUAAUGCUAGUGUUUUUACAUGCCUUAUAUCCAUUUCACUAAUGAUAUUCUUACAGUAAUAUUAUAAACACAUCUGUACGAACAUACUCACUGUGAGCCCACCUAUGGCAAAAAUGAAAUCCUUUUAUAAUA